AUGGGGAGGUCGCCAUGCUGCGAGAAGAUGGGGCUGAACAGGGGGCCGUGGACGGCGGAGGAGGACAUGACCCUAAUCGCUCACAUCGAGCGACAUGGGCACAGCAACUGGCGGGCGCUGCCAAAGCAGGCCGGGCUGCUCCGCUGUGGCAAGAGCUGCCGCCUCCGGUGGAUUAACUACCUGCGGCCGGACAUCAAGCGCGGCAACUUCACCGGCGAGGAGGAAGACGCCAUCAUCCAGCUCCACGCCAUGCUCGGCAACAGAUGGUCCAUGAUCGCGGCGAGGCUACCGGGGAGGACGGACAACGAGAUCAAGAAUGUCUGGCACACGCACCUCAAGAAACGACUCGAUUCGUCCAUGCCGUCCGCUGCGCCCAAGCGCAAAACCAAGAAGCCCGCGGCUGUGACGACCGUGAUUACACACGACGGUCCGACCUCCGCGCCAGUGCUGCCGGAGCAACCCAUCUCGUCGUCCGCCACCAACUACUCGAUGGCGAGCUCGUCGUUGGAGAUGACGGAAAGCUUCAGCCCGGACUCGCAGGAGUUCGAGAUUGACGACAGUUUCUGGUCGGAGACGCUGGCAAUGACGGUGGAAAGUUCCGGUUCCGUGAUGGAAGCAGGCGAUCCCCGGGUCGCAGACCGCGCUUCGAUGCCGUCGAGCAACGCCGACAUGGACUUCUGGGUACAACUGUUCAUGCAGGCUGGUGACAUGCAGAAUUUGCCCCAGAUUUAG